GCAGGUUCGGUCUCGCGCGGUUCGCAGAAAAGUGUCCAAAAUUACUUGGAUAUCCGUUCCGGCGGCGGCCGAAAUAGUGCACAUCCGGCGCGGUACAUGGUGGCGAUCCGUUUGCACAUAUUUUCCUACCCCACAUGUUUCCUAUUGAUAGUGAAAAGUGACCGCAAAGUUUGCCCGAGUUGAGAUCCCCCGCCGCAAAGCAGUUGUGUCUCGUCGCGUAUCGUUUGCGUGCAUUGCGAGGAAGGCGAAGGAAAAAAGGUCGCCAUGACAGUCGUCGGGUCGGCUCGAUCUCAACUCAGCGAUAGCCUCUAGGAAAAGAAAUUUUUCCAACGAAACGCGAGCCUGUGUUGUGUGAUUUUAAGUUUUAUUGGUGAUUUUAAAAGCAGAAUUUUUUGAGCAGUGCAAAAGAAGAUAAAAGAAAAAAAAAACGAUUGUCUCAAAGUUUUUCCUGUUUUAUUUCAAUUAGUUAGCUUUUAGUGGAUCUAUAGUGCGAAUGAAGUAAUUGUUGAGUAAGGGAAAGGAAUGGAAGAUUGUUAAACCAUUUUUUCCCUUUGAAUUGAUCGGAGUGUCUGGUCUCUUUCACACCGUUGCUUCCAAAUAGCGCUAGAGCGAGCAAGAGCAAAGGCAGCAAGUCGAAAAACGUCUAUAAAUAAAAAUAAGAAUAUUCAGCAGUGCUGUGUGCGAAAUAGUAGGAAAAUUGUUCAAAAUCAGUGUUAAUGAUCUGUGAUCUGAUUGGAAAUGUUAGAAAGUGUAGGAGACAAGUGAAGAAGCUACCAGUGCAUGUCUGAACAAAGAGAAAAAAGAAGCAAUCCCGACCGAGCUGUGUGAAUUAGAGGGUGGUCUUCUGGUUUGGGGCUCCGUUCCGGCAAAUGGAUUCCGGUAAUCCUCUUCUUCGACAGCAACAGCAGCAAGUUCUUCCACACUUGGAACGAGAGCACCACCGCCAGCACCAUCACUACCAGUAUCUUCAACCUCCGCUUCAGCCGCACCAGCAACAACAACAGCAACAGCAGCAGGCGGCGGCGGCGGCAGCACUACUACAAGUGCAGCAACAACAUCAUCAGCAGCAACAGCGAAUAAAAACUGGUUGGGGCGCGACGACAGCAGCGACAGCGACAGCAGCAGCAGCAGCGGCUGCGGCGACUUCGACGUUCAUCCAGAAUAUUGUCAGCACUGCCGCUAGUACUAGCAGCGGUGGAGGAGGAGAGCUUUUGAUAUGUCAGUCAUAAUUGGAAGAUAGAAAACUAGCUCCUUCUGUUACACGAACUGUGUUCUUUUUAAAGAUUUUGAUCAGUCAUACCCCUACCCUGUUUUGUUAAUUAUUUUUAAAGAUGAAUAAAUUUUGGGUGCUGACCAAUUUGAUUCAAAAUUCAAACGUGUAUCCAAUACCUAAAGUUGAGCAUCCGCACCAUCAGCAGUCGGAUCAGCAGCAACAUCCGACGUCGUCUCAACAUCAGCAGCAACAACAGCAACAUCAACAGCCGCCUCCGUCCCAUCAGCCGCCAUCAUCGACCACGUCGUCUAAGGGCGGAGGAAGCCGACAUCCUCCCGGUGCAAAUCACGCACUCGGGCCUGCGCCAGGAUUGUAUCAUAAUCCGGGUGGCGUUCCCGGUCCAACGCCACCCAGUGCCAGUUCGGCACCAACUGUACCUACAUCGGCCAUAGGAUCGACACACUUAACGAAUCUCUCCGGGCCUGCUUCAAGUGCGCACAGUAGUAGAGGCAGCAGUAACCAUCCAGCGCCUCCACCUGGAGCCCAUCUGCAGCAACUCAACGGAGGGGUUCCGACGGAUCAUACUAAACCCCAGUAUUUAGGUAAUAUGCAGGUCCAUCCGGCGCACAGUGGUAGUGGUCACCAUCCGCCUCCACCGCCCACGCAGGGGCCACCGCAGUCCGCACAUCCGCCGCCACCGCAACCGAUCUCGAUCGUAAAGCCAGAGUUCAAGGUGCCCUCCAUACCAGCCCACUUGAUGGAUGUGCGCGGCCCGGACGGUUCGAUCGUCAAGAUCAACAUGCCGGAGCACCACGAUCCGAGCAAACCGCCCAACAAUGUGGAAAUGUUGAAAGUCAACAUCGAGGAUCUCAGUCAAUUUCUUUCGUACCAUGAAGUCUUCGGAAAGCUCCCUUCCGAUAUGCUAACGGGCCCCACCGCUAGUCUAGUGCCAUCAUCCGCUACCAAUACUGCGACGACCAGUGGCGGUCAUAGUAAUGGUAAAUUAAACCACAUUCGCCAGCAGCAUCCUCAGGGUGAGUCGCCGUUCAAGUGCAGUUACUGUGCGAAAAGCUUCACCAGGAAGGAACACCUGACCAACCACGUGCGCCAGCACACCGGAGAAUCGCCGUACCGCUGUCCGUACUGUGGCAAAACGUUCACCCGGAAGGAACAUCUUACGAAUCACGUAAGAUUGCACACGGGCGAAACUCCCUACCAGUGCACAUACUGUGGGAAGAAAUUCACCAGAAAAGAACACCUUACCAAUCAUGUCAGGUUACACACCGGAGAGACCCCGUUCCAGUGCACUUAUUGCGAGAAGAAGUUUACGCGAAAAGAGCAUUUGACAAAUCACACGAGGUUACACACUGGCGAAACGCCGUUCCAGUGCUCCUACUGUCAGAAGAAGUUCACCCGCAAAGAGCAUUUAACGAAUCAUGUCAGAUUACAUACUGGAGAAACCCCCUUUCAGUGUACCUAUUGCGAAAAGAAAUUCACGCGCAAAGAGCAUUUAACGAAUCAUGUCAGAAUACACACUGGCGAGACUCCGUACCGGUGCACGUAUUGUGAGAAGAAAUUUACCAGAAAAGAGCGUUUGACGUAUCACAUAAGAUGGCACACCGGAGAGACUCCCUAUCAUUGCACAUAUUGCGAGAAAAAAUUCGCACGAAAAGAACAUUUAACGAAUCAUGUCAGAUUGCACACCGGUGAGACGCCCUAUCACUGUACCUAUUGCGAGAAAAAAUUUACCCGCAAAGAGCAUUUAACGAACCAUGUCAGAUUGCACACUGGAGAGACUCCCUAUCAGUGCACAUAUUGCGAGAAGAAAUUCAGUAGAAGAGAGCGUUUAACGAUUCACACAAGAAUACAUACCGGAGAGACCCCUUAUAGAUGUACAUAUUGUGAUAAGAAAUUUACCAGAAAAGAGCGUUUAACGUAUCACAUAAGAUUACAUACCGGAGAGACCCCCUAUCAGUGUACCUAUUGCGAGAAAAAAUUCACGCGAAAAGAGCAUUUAACAAAUCAUGUCAGAUUGCACACCGGAGAAACACCCUAUCAGUGCACUUAUUGCGAGAAGAAAUUUACUCGAAAAGAACAUUUAACCAAUCACACAAGAUUGCACACUGGCGAGACUCCCUAUCAUUGCACAUAUUGCGAGAAGAAAUUUAUGCGAAAAGAACACUUGAAAAACCAUGUCAGAUUGCAUACCGGAGAAACUCCCUAUCAAUGUACGUACUGCCAGAAGAAGUUUACGCGAAAAGAGCAUUUAACGAAUCACACCAGAUUACACACCGGCGAAACUCCCUACCAUUGCACUUACUGUUCGAAGAAGUUCGCUCGAAAAGAACAUCUCACAAAUCAUAUCAGAUUACACACUGGCGAGACUCCCUACCAAUGCACGUACUGUUCGAAGAAGUUCACUCGAAAAGAACAUCUCACAAAUCAUCUCAGGUUGCACACUGGCGAAACUCCCUACCAGUGUAACUUUUGCCAAAAGAAGUUUACGAGAAAAGAACACCUCACGAACCAUGUCAGAUUACACACGGGCGAGACUCCUUAUCAGUGCUCAUAUUGCCAGAAGAAGUUUACGAGAAAAGAGCACUUGACCAAUCACACCAGAUUGCACACCGGAGAGACUCCUUAUCAUUGCACCUAUUGCGAGAAGAAAUUUAUGAGAAAAGAGCAUUUAACGAACCAUGUCAGAUUGCACACCGGAGAAACUCCAUAUCAGUGCACAUAUUGCGGGAAGAAAUUCACCCGAAAAGAGCAUUUAACCAAUCACAUCAGAUUGCAUACCGGAGAGUCUCCUUAUCGGUGUGAGUACUGUAACAAGUCAUUCACCAGAAAAGAACACCUCAAGAAUCACGUCAGGCUUCACACCGGUGAUUCGCCGCACAAAUGCGAGUACUGCAACAAAACGUUUACGCGCAAGGAGCAUCUCAACAAUCACAUGCGCCAGCACAGCGGAGAUAAUCCUCACUGUUGCAAUGUGUGCAACAAGACCUUCACCCGCAAGGAACAUCUGAUCAAUCACAUGAGUCGGUCACACACCGGCGAACGUCCGUUCCAGUGCGAUGAAUGCGGAAAGUCGUUCCCGCUGAAGGGUAAUCUGCUGUUCCAUGCGCGCAGUCACACCAAGGGUCAGCCGAUGGAACGGCCGUUCCGUUGCGAUAUGUGCCCGAAGGACUUCAUCUGCAAGGGGCACCUGGUGUCCCAUCAGCGAUCUCAUACCGGGGAGAAGAAUCAUCACUGCCCGCAGUGCAGCAAGUCGUACGUUGAGCGUGGCAACAUGCUGCGGCACAUGAAGAAAACGCACCCGGACGCGGUUAUACCGGUGCUGCCCAAGUUGCCGCACAUCAAGGUGGAACCGAAGUCCACCGGUGAGUACUUAUCUCAGCCAACGUCGGUGGUGACGUCCCCGGCUCAGGCCACCUCCACAAUCACAUCGAUCAUCUCCAAUACUCAUCCAUCGCAGCAUCAUCACAUUCAACCGAAAAUGGAACAGAAAUCUCAGAUACAUCAUCUUCCGAUUCCCCAUCAGCAUCAGGCUCACCAGCUGCACCACCACAUCUCGGCCCCGAUGCAUCUGCCUCCACCAAACCCCCAACAAUUGGCAGCACUCGCCCUCCAUCAUCAAGUGGCCCAACAGCAGCAGCAGCAACAACAAUCCUCACCCUCAACGGGCCGAGCACAGCCUUCUCCUCGUACAUCACUUCCGCCGCCGCCGCCGCAGCAGCAGCAUCCGGUGCAACAGCCGGGACCGCCCCAGGUCCCCCCGGGCCCCCCGGAAAACCAACAACAGCCGCAGCAGCAGCCGGUCCCGGGCCCAACUGGACCCCUGCCACCACAACACCAUACGGUCCCGGUUACUAUUAUAACCCACGCUGGCACAAUUAAUCCAAUGCCAGAUGGACUCAACAAUCGGGUCGGUACGAUCCAGAUGCACCACCUAAAUGCGGCUCAGUCGGAGGAGCACUCGGUGGUUUACUGAAAUGACCUCGAUGCCGCUGCAGCAUCUAUCGUCGCAGCCACCACCAAUGCCGUCUUUUGCAACGGUUCUGCCGAGAAUGGAACGUUGAAACGAUUGUAGACACAAUCUAGAACAGGAAGAAAACACAAACACACCUAAUAAACACAAUAGGACAGCAGCCUGCAAUCUGGAGGACGAAGUACAGAUAUGCAAUUAGUAGUUUUUAACGUUAUAGGAGGAACCUUAUUCGUAAACAGUAAUAUACAUAGUGGAACCAUGUAUGCGACAACUAAAAAGUACUAAAAAGAAGCAAAGUAUGUAAUUAUGCGAUUGUAUAUAGAAAAAUAUAUACACACAAGAGGAAAAAACAAUAACGAGGAAAAUAAAGCAUAGAUCGAUAUCAAAUAUCGAUGAAAAACUAACUACAAGUAAUAAAUAAAAAUAUUACCACAGCAAGUUGGACACAAACACAAACUAAUAGUAAUUUAGAAAAAAAGAAGAAUACAGAAAGUAAUCUAAAUUGGAAUAUGAAUUUUAUUGAUUGUAGUAGCGAAGGAAUGAAAUAACAGGCAAACCACUGAUCGUACACAAAACUGACUGUUCGAAACGCUCUGUUUUGUUCCGAUAUACGUGGCAAACAGUGCAGUGCAGACACAGAGACGUGAUAGAGAAAACAGACACACACAGUUAUAAAAUAAAAACAAAACACAGUGAAUAAAAGAGAACAGAAAACCCUUAGGUAAAGCUAUUACGAGAUGAACAUAGAAAUCAAUACUUAAACAAAUAAGCAAAUUGUUGAAAUAGGUGAAAUAAACAAAUAGUAAUUGAGUUUACCCCGCAGUUGAUAAAUGGAAGUUAAUCUGAACGAAUCGAAGAAACGUCAAAAAUACAGGAACGUUGCUGGCCACAAAAGAGAGGAAAUACUAAAAACUUCAGACCGAAAUCACAAAGAGAUAGGAAACCAUAGUUCGAUUCGAGCCUGAACUGAAAAGUCGUAAUCAACACAAAAAAAAAAACAACAGCGGCAAACGCUAAAUGAAUAGUACAACAUUACACAGUAACUAUUAUUAGUAGAAACAAACAAGAAAAAAAUAUUCGUUUGGAAACUAAGAGCACCAUAAACGUGAGCGUAAUUUUACUGCUAAUGAAAAAAAAAAGAAAACGUGCGUAUUCACCACCCAACCAUCUUCAUACUUCAUCUUCUAUGCCGUUAACUUUGAAGUCGCCAUAAUAUUGCUGCCGCCAUAAAAAAAACUGGACAUGAAAAAUAACUUGUUACAAUUCUGACCUAAAUUCACCGGACAAAGGCAAACCACAAACUUAACACAAAUCUAUUCAAUAGUGCAAGGGAAACUACAACUACAAAACACCUGAACCAACAACAUCAUCACCACACUACAGCCGCAAAAAAAAACAAUAGGUACACUGAUAAUAAAUCCACAGCGGAAGGAAUCUCUUCAUUCCGGAGAGCCUACAACACAUAAUCAACAAUAGAACAAACCCCAGAAUCAACUAAAACCGAACUUGUAAUAAUAUUUCAAAACCCAAACAACAUAAAAUAGCAACAGAAACAGCAGAACAAUUAUUUUUCUAUGUCUUGUGUGUUUUCGUAUUGUAAUUAACUUUGCGAGUACCAUUGGAUUGGUCCAACAAGAGAGACAUAUGAGUGCGAUUAUGAGAUUUUUCUUCUAAUUUCCACAAUAGAAAGUGAAACACAGCGCUAGCCGAAGGAUGGGCGAAUGUUUUGAUCUGCGUUCCUGCGAAAGAACCGAAGUUUUGAACGUUUGUCCACCCUUCGGUUUAAUUUAUCCAUAACUUAACAAUAGUUCCAUAGAAUCUAUAUACAAUAGUAUCCAGUUUUAACCACAAAUAGAAACACACACACUCACGCAUACUACGCAAUAGAUAAUAAAACAGGCCGGGCGGGAUUCAGUUCGGUUUCGCGCCGAGUUGAAUUCUGCCCGAACCUACCAGCUACAAACUAUAAUAAUUUUAAAGCAAACAGAAUAAAAUAGUCAGGAAAAAGAUUCUUCUUCUGAUAAUAAACAUUGCAAAGAAAAAAACAGAGAACCUAUAAAUGUAAGCUAACAAGCCCACACAAACACACACCCCUACUAAGCUCAAAAUAAGCAGUAUAGAUUGGUCGAAACAAUUCAGUAAAUCUGUCGAUAGGGUCAACCGUCAGACAGACAGACACACGUAGCAGUAAAUGGAAAAGCCAUCAAGUUUUCGAGUAUAUAUAUUUCAACAAAUCGACAGCAAACACAGAUGUAGAGAGAGAGAGCGAGUGAGUGUUCGAUAUUUUAGGUACUUGAGUUUGUUUUACAGAAGUUUUUCUUUUUACAAUAGUUUUUCGUUGUAUAGAUACAUCCACUACUACAGCUAGCAUUACUUCUAUUAAAACUACUACUACUGAUACUACACUAAUAACAGAACCAUAAACCAAUAAGCCAGAUUACAAAUGAAAUCGUAUAGAACCACCGCAAAGUAAAUAGUAAACAAACAACCAACUCAACUCAAUUCAACAAUAUUUUCUAAAACAGCAUCAGAGCGAAAGCAGCUAAACCUAAUACGCAGAGCAGGAGAGAGCAUGUCGGCAACCGAGGGAUCUGCUUGCGGGGUGUCUACGUCCGGCUCAAGUCAGAUCCGUCCUUUGUCAAUCUGCUACGCAGUAAGCAAGAGAAAUAACCGAAGCACACAAAAGAAAGAAGGACACAGUUCAAUUCGUACAAAUGUUUCUGUUGUUGUUGUUUAAUUUUUUUUAAUUUUACGUUUCAGUUGUACUUUCGUUUAAACUAUAUAAAUACUCGUGUGUAACUCGUUGCAACCGGUGGCAGUGUGAGGAAGGAAUGAACACGCGCUCGUUUCGAGUACCUACCACCUACUUACUAACUACAACAACACUAUAGGGAGAAAAGUUUCGGCCACCAGUUUUUUGAGGCUGACUAUGCUGAGUCGCUUUUUGUUUUGCGCAUUUCAACUUGGAAUUGAUGAUGAAAAUUCGGCUGAUUGUGUUCAGUACCUCCGUAUCGUCCGUUCGUCAAUUUGAUGCUGAUCGUGCUUGCUCUUGAAGUACUAUAAAGUACUGUUUCGAACAACUACGCACGUAGAAUUUCUCCUUGUCAUCGCGACUUCCGCUGUACCCGGCUAGUGUCAUUCCGAAAUUUAGAUUCAGGCAAGCGUUACGAAAUAAUGAAAGAUUUUGAAUACUAAUAACUCGGCCAGUUCUGAACGGGUUUCAAUGCUUAGUAUACCAAUCGUUUCAUAAAAGCUGUAGCAAUUGUAUGGUCAUCAGUUUACAAUAUUGGUUCUCAAUUGAUAACAAGUGAAAAUCAACAAAAAGUUUCCCAGGCAGGUUACUUCCCAGGCACCAGGCGACAUUUUGACACACAGAGCUACUGGAAAUUCGUAUUUUCGGAUAAAAAGUUUAACGUUUCAAUCAACUAAUAUGAUUAUGAUGUCCUGAAUGUGAAAAGUAUAUUGGUUUGAAAAAGUGACUUGGAAGAAAAUGUUGAUAAAAGUAAGGUAAAACUCAUGUUUUGUCUUUGCUCUUUGUCUAUGACUCGGGAAAAAAAUAAACUCAAAUUUGGUGCCUAUCUUUAUACGAACCGACCUUUCCAUAGGGUCCAUAGUAUCAACAUUGAAGAGAGGAACAUUCGCAGUUUUUCGCCAAGUCUGCAUUUAUGUCCUGAGACACAGAUUCUUUUACUUUUUUAUAGUGCCUGUUUGCAAUAAUCCUCUGUCUCUUUUGAAGACCAUUAUGCACAGCACUGUUUAGAGCUGCACACAAGACGAUGAUCGGCCACCCCUUACAGGGAGUUCAACACCGUUUUAGACCACUCCUAGCAUAUAGAAUUGACGACCAUUUAACAACUUUUGUACUAAUCGGGCUUUCAGUAGCUGUACAUAAACACAGCACUGAAGAAUGAGACCAUUUAAAGUUCCUAAAAAGGCCAGUUGAAAUGUGCAAUUAUAUUGGUUCAGCAUUUUCAGAUAGACUUCUCAUCAACGUUCUAGUCAGUUAAGCAGCUUCUUUUAUAACGAUCUGAAAAACGGUUUAUGUCCUGACAAUUUUGACGAAACGCGUGAAUGCGGAAUGCGCUUUUAAUUGUCCGAUAGCGAAGCAAUGAAUGAAAUUAUCUUUGGAAGAAGAAUUUUUGCUACAUCUUUGAUUCAAACCCCGGAACGGAAAUGAUUUCGGUGUUUCGGUCAGCCAACUACAUUUAUACACAGCACUUUGACCGCUAACCACCCACAGAACCUAUCAACAGCAGCAACGAAUGACCAAGCAUCAGCAAAUGCCGGUUUUCACCAUACAGGAAAAAAGAAAAAAGCUUUCGUUUCUAUCACUAAUCGACAAUCUUUAGUUUCCAUUCGAGAGACUGCAAAACUGAUCUGGUUUUUAGUUGAAGGCACCUUGAGGAUACAAAUACAUUUAAGAAGUAUUUCAAUUACCCAAACACACCUGGCGAGCAGUGAGUGGGUAUGUAAAAACAGCACACCCGCGCAAAUUGAUUGACAAAAACAAAAACACCACGACACGGCAUAAUCGAAGAAAAACAAAAAAACAAAUGUUACAACUAUUCACCACCAUCACCUACGCCCAUCAAGAGCAUUACUAUCUCUUAAGGAUCAAAAUUCAUCAAAACAAAUAGCAGAAUAGAGUAUGGAAAAGAGGAUUCAGGAACAUUAUAAACACAUAAAAAAUAUGCUAUUUAAUGGUAGUAGACUAAAUCUAAAAUCUUGUGGAAAAUGUGAAGAGCAGCAGCAGAAAGAAACGACGCUUGAUUUUCAUGUGAAUUGUUUCCCUUGUUUUUAGGUUCAUUAAUUCUGUUUAAUCGAAUCAACAGAACCGCCAGAUGAGAUCACUUUAUUAAUUAUUAAAGCUAGUAAUUGCAGACAGAAUAUAAUCAUACAACAACACACAGAUAAAGAAAGAAGACAGUGAAUACAUUUUUUUUAUUUUUAGGGAAGAAAAGUGUAAACACUAUUUUGUUGUAAAAGAUGUUAUAGUGAAUGUAUAUAAGGUGAAAACAAUUAAACAAGUAAAAAGCAGCAGUUGAAAAUUCACAUCCACAACACAUACGAGAGAGCGUUGAGACAAUGCGCAAAACACUGCAGUAGUAGCGGGGAAAUCAUAAAGUAAAAAAAAAUCACAUACACAAGUAGUAUUACAAAUUAGACGUGACAAAAAAAAGAAAGUUUAGGUAUGUGUCUGAGAUAGUAGCAUGUAAAAACAGCAAUGAAAUUUAAAUAACGUGAUCGCAAAAUUUUGAAGGAUGGACCUUGUUCAGGACAAAUAUUGGCAAAAAAAUAUACACGAAAUUCUCCCUACUCAAAAUAAAAAGUAAUGCAAGUUUUACGCAAAUGGCUGAAAAAACAGGGAGAAAAGCAAAACACACAAAACAAAACACGCCGUUUUUACAAAUUACGUUUUUGAUUUUUAGGAGCGCGACGAAAAGCGGAAAAAAUUGAAACCAGAAUAAGAAAUAAGCAAAAAUCUGAUAAACGAAGUGAUAAAAAGAAAAAAAAUAAGAGCGGUAAACAGGAGAGGAGGUGAAUGCUGUAUAUACAAAAAAAUAAAAAACAGAAGAAAUUUUAUUUACAAUUUUUUCAGAAAAUGAAACGGAAAAAUGUAAAGCAAAUCGUGAAUAAUAAAGAGGAACAUAAAAAGAUCCUUUAUGACUAAAUGAAAACAAAUCACGUGCAGCUAAGCUGCAUUUUAUACGAAUUUUCUAUUGAAGGUUAUUUUUUUUAAUUUACAUUAAAUUGUGGAGCGGGAAACGACGCGCCGCGCAGCACAGAAAUCAAGGUGGGCAUCCAUAUUAUAGAGAGUGGUACCGAAAACUUUAAAACUUUGCGGGCUUUGCCUGUCCAAAUAAAAGAAAGAAAAAAAAAACAUUUUCGGUGAUAAAUUCGUAAAUCGUAAAGAAAUAACCAGAAGAAAAGGAGGCGCAAGUGUGUAUUUUAGGCUAAUGGACAGGAAAAUUCGGAAUUAUAGGAGUUCGAAGAAAAAAAAAAAAAAGUGUUAAUACGGAAACAAAUAAAAGUAGCGAUCUAUCGUAAGCGAGCAAGUUUAGGCCGAACAUAUAAAAUUACGCAGAAGGUUACUGUAAGAGCAAAACUAAAGGAUCAAUUCGAAACUAAAAUUAUUACGUUCCGCAGAGACGGCAAUAAUUUAUGAUAACAUUUAUUUAUUACAUUUGUAAGAAGAACACCUAUAUAGAUUUUCCUUAUUUUUAAUAUUUUGUUUUAUUUUUUAUAUUUUAGUGCAUAACAAAUAACACGCAUUACUUUUAGGUUUAGGCUCUGAGAAAGUUCAUAUAAUUUAUGAAGAAAAUAACAAAUCUACAAUAUGAACCACAAUGUCCUCCAUGAACAAAACAAUAGUGAAAUCGAGUGCGUUAGACAGAUGCAGAAAAUAGUCGAUUCCUAUUUCCUACUCCCUGUGUCCUGACGGACACAGAAAAACAAGAAGAAAAAAUCGCAGCCAUGUCCGUACUUAUACCUAAUGAAGAGAACGAGUAAUAUAAAACGGAACCAGUAAAUAGUGUACUAGUGCGAAUCGGUAUAAACUACAAGUAAAUGCCAUUUCUACUAAACAAAACAAUUCAUUUGGAGAGUAAUAAAAAAAUCGCGCACCCUUCACGAAGCCCUGCAAAUUUAAUUUAGAAUAAUGUGAAUAAAAUGUUGUGAAGGUGUUCAACAAUUCAACAAUUACUGUUGGACCGAUUUCACUAGUCCACCCAAACACGUCUAUACACGUUGAAUGAACACGUCAUCGUUUGAUUUAGGGACCAUUACUUUCUGCAUCGGACAAGAGCAAAACCCCUGUGACGACGAGAGAUAUGUAUAACAGAAGCGAGUGUGAAAAUGUGAGAGAGGGCGAGUGAGCAACAACAAUACACAUACGGUAGGAUGCUGCGCCAAACUUCGUUGCACAUGAAUCACACAUGAACAACAUGAAACACAAGAUAAAACAACAAAUCCGCAUGCAGCAGACAUUACUAACGUGAGAACGAACAUGAUUUCCAUACUUUUACAUCAGUGACACAGCAACAAGUCAAGCAGGUUUAAUUUCCGCUUUUUCUCUUUUACACACAAGCAUACAAACAAACAAAUAAAAAAAACAAAACAAAAAAUUGUGCAGAGAAACAAUAAAAAAUGAAACUAAUCGAAAAAUCGCAUAUAAAUUCAACCCUUUCCUGCCUUCCCACCCUGUAAGACCCAUUUUGUUUAACAUUUCUGUUUGACAAUCGCACACGUACACACGUACCAACACGCGCGUGUCUUUGCAGUUUGCUUCAUUUUAUUUUCAUCGGUCAGGUCUAAGCGCCUGAGCCGCAAAAAACACAAACACACACAACACACCGUAAUACUUUCGACGAAAAAUAAUGAUCCUUUUCUCUUAGUUUUUAGAUUUUGUUUAUUGUAAAACAAAAAUGCAGCCAGUAUAAUGUAUCCUUAAUGUU